AUGUAUAAAGUCGACGAGAACUAUCCCAUAAAAGACCUCGACCCGGCGUUCCCGUUCCGCGAGGUGGAGCUAAAGCUGGACGUCGACCCAAAGCACCAGUUCGAGAUCCUUCCCGAGCUAGGCCGGGGCACCUACGGCACGGUGUUCCACUGCCGGGAGAAAAAGACCGGACUCGAGCUGGCCGCCAAGAUCGUGGAGUACAAGAAGAAAAAGGACCGCGGUGACAUGGUGCGCGAGAUCAACAUCAUGAGCUGCCUGCACCAUCCCCGGCUGAUCCAGAUGUACGACGCGUUCGACUACGAGAACAAAUUCUACGUCAUUCUCGAGCUCAUUCAAGGUGGCGAGUUGUUCGAGCGCGUCAUUGACGACGAUUUCGUGCUGACGGAGAAAGCGUGUGCCGUCUUCAUGCGGCAGAUCUGCGAGGGCAUGGAGUACAUUCACAGCCGGAGCAUCAUCCACCUAGACAUGAAGCCGGAAAAUAUUCUCUGUCUCACAAAGACCGGCAAUCGGAUCAAGAUCAUCGACUUUGGGUUCGCACGACGGUACGAUCCGGGCAAGAAGCUGCAAGUGAUGUUCGGAACGGCCGAGUUUGCCGCCCCAGAAGUGCUGAACUUCGACGAGAUCUACUUCUACACCGACAUGUGGAGUCUGGGCGUGAUCUGCUACGUGUUACUGUCCGGGCUGUCGCCGUUCGUGGGCAGAGACGACCAGGCGACGAUGUACAACGUCCUGCAGGGUACGUACUCGUUCGAGUACAAAUCGUUCGACGCGGUGUCAGAGAGCGCGAAGGACUUCGUCCGCAAGCUGCUGGUGCGGGACGGCGAGCGGCGACUGACGGCCCGGAAGGCCCUGCGGCACCCGUGGCUGGCGGAGACGACGGCCCAGAGCACCACCGAGCUAUCUGUGACAAAAACAAAGUUGAAACGCUAUGUUAUCAAGAAGCGCUGGAUCAAGGCGGUCAAUACGAUCAUCGCCCUGCGGCGGAUGGGCGCGCGGAUCGAUUACGAUCUCGUCUAG